GUAAAUGGUGUCCGCGUAGGGAAUGGAGUUCACCGCCGGACGCGCAGCGAGCGGCGAGCGAGGCGCGUCGUGGCGUUCUUUACUCUUCCGUCUUCCUCGGUAGCCCCGGUGACGCGAGUAACGCGAGUAUCGGCAGCGGUGAGGGCACCGGCGAGGAAGACGACGAUUCGUCGGGUAAGAAGAACCAGAAGAAGCGGGGUAUCUUUCCCAAGGUCGCGACCAACAUCCUCAGGGCGUGGCUGUUUCAACACCUCACGCACCCGUACCCUUCGGAAGACCAGAAGAAGCAGUUGGCUCAAGACACGGGGUUGACGAUCCUUCAAGUUAACAACUGGUUCAUCAACGCGAGGCGUAGAAUCGUCCAGCCAAUGAUCGACCAGAGCAAUCGAGCCGGUCCGAGCGGGGCAUACAGUCCGGAUGCGACGAUGGGAUACAUGAUGGACGGACAGGCGGCGAGCAUGAUGCACCGGCCGCCCGGUGAUCCCACCUUCCACAAUCAGUACCAUUACCCGCCAGAGUACUAUGGACAUCACUUAUAAAGCAGUAGUCGCGAGUGAAGGUAGACGAUGGAAUGACGGUUCUUGCGGAACGGGAAACGUAGAAGCGUGACGGAAGCACCGUGCUCCGGUCGGCGAGCUGAAGGAGCGGUUCGUCGCCUCGCGGGCAAUCGACGGCCCGGGGUACAAGAGGAAGCCUCUUCCCGCGUUGCACGUCGGGGACUCGCGCUGCCGGACACUCGAGCCCAGCGCGAUGCGGAGGAUCCAAGAUGGCGCCGGUCCGGUCGACGGGCGGCGGAGGACGGACGGAUUCGAGAUCGGUGGAUCGACGUUCAACGGCGAAGAACGCGAAGCGAGAUCGUCGUGAAGGGGAAACGGAGAACGAGUUCCGAACGAAGAGAAGAGGAACCGGAUGGCCGGCUGGUGCGUCGAACGCGAGAGACCGGAAGCGAGGCGGAAGGGUACAGAGCGCGGCUCGGCGAACGGGACGAGGAGCCGCCCGUGGAAAUUCAUGUGAUUGUUCUGUGUACAAAUGUCGCGGUGUAAUAUUGUAGUGAUCGAAGGAUUUAAAUGUUAAAUUUUAAUACGGUCGCGAUCGAGCUACGUUAACGAUAUAUGGAA